AUGGAAGGCGUUCUGUACAAAUGGACAAACUACAUGACAGGCUGGCAGCCACGCUGGUUUGUCCUGGACAACGGCAUCAUCUCAUACUACGACAGUGAAGACGACGUAGGCAAAGGGAGCAAAGGCUCCAUAAAGAUGUCUGUGUGUGAAAUUAAAGUUCACCCGACGGACACCACGCGUUUAGAGCUGAUCAUUCCCGGAGAGCAACAUUUUUACGUGAGGGCAGUGAACGCGGCGGAGAGACAACGCUGGUUGGUGGCGCUCGGCUCAUCUAAAGUAGGAACGUUCGAUGCGCACAAACAUAAAGGUCCAGACUGUCUGAGGACCAAAAUGUCUGAGCUUCGUCUUUACUGUGACCUCCUGGUCCAGCAGGUCCAAACCAUCCAAUUACAGAGCAGCACAGACGCCAAAGACAUGUCCACUCCUGAGGCUUCGCUACUUAGCGCCACCUGUGCCACCUUCAUCAGGACGCUGGAGGAGUGUAUGAGCUUAGCACAGCACAGCCUCACACCAUACCUGCAACCACCUGAAAGGAUGAGACGAUCAGUCAGUCACCCUGGAACGUCCACCUCGGACAGGUGCAGUGCGCUCAAAGACAGCUCCGGUGGAGGGUCGAGAUCCAAGCCGCGGCGGGAUCGGGCCAGCUCAGACAGUUCAGUGCAUGACAUGGAGCGUUUGCUGCCAAACCUCGGCGGCGACUCGUCGUGCAUCCCCGAAGAGCAAGGAGGCGGCGUGAGUCCAAAGACUACGCCAACUGACACGGACACAGAUUUGUCCAUUUGA